AUGGAGGUGGUUCUGGUGGCCCUGCUGGUGGCGGUGGCGGCGCUGGGGGGGGCGGAGGCUCAAUGCCCCACCCCCUCCAGCCUCAAGACGAUCAACGGCACCCGAAUCUGCGCCCAGCUCUACACCGACAACAGCCCCUACUACGACCAGUGCUGUGGGGGGGAGGUCCUGGUGGUGGAACCCGGGGAGGACGUCCCCUACAUGCCGCGGGGCUGGGCCGCCAGCGUCUCCUCCCUGGUGGUCGGCACCCGCUGCGAGUUGACUGUCUGGUCGCGGGCCGGCAAGAAGGGGAAGAGUCGGAAGUUCUCGUCCGGGGCGGUGCCGCGGCUGCAGGAGGUGCGUCGGGGGCUCUUCGGCGACUGGAACGACGCCAUCCGGGGUUACUACUGCAAGUGUAACUGA